CACAUGAUCGAAAUAAUCGACCGCGACAAAAACAUUAUGUUUCUUAAUAAUAAUAAAGAAAAUAAGAUAUCUGACGGAGAAGAAGCACUUAGAACAUAUGAUCGUAAUAGGAAACGGCAGAGGAAGGCUAAAGAGACACAAGACGAACGUGAGGCUCGACUUUCUCACAGGCGUAACCUAUAUCAUCAAAAUAAAGUAGGAAAAACCGUUAAGCAACAAAUCGAAUUAGAGGAAACAUCAAAUAUAUGUGAGAGACAAACCGCGAGUACUCAAAAUGUAUUAGAUAGACAUGAGGAUG